CUGAUAGGUGGCACUGAUUGGCAUUGAUAGGUGGCACUGACUGGAACUGCUGGGUGACACUGAAAGGCAGCUCAGAUGGUCACUGAUAUGUGGCAUUGAUGUGCAUUGGUAGGCACUGAUAUGUGGCAUUGAUGUGGCACUGAUGGGCACUGACAGGUGGCACUGCUGGGGCUACACUGAUCAUCAGGGCACACUGAUCAUCAGUGCCCUGCGGCUCUCCUCUCGAGCUGUCAGCGUUACAGCUUGUGAGGAGAAAAAUGCCGAUAACCGGCAU